UAACAUCUUUACAAACUAGUCAGACUGCCGGUUGGCCAGCCUAUUCUUAUACAGUAUGUGACACGCCUAGCAGGCUUGGCCAAAAAUCUUAUGCAUAGUUUUCACUAACCACAACAAACAUGGAGUACCAGGAACAGGUUGAGCACAUUGUAUCCACAGCGCAAUUCGGAGAUUUGAUUGAGUUUGCUUAUCCCAUUGGCUACGCACACUGGGGCGUGUACGACGGUGAUGGAUAUAUUGUUCACUUCGCAGUUGCGGAUGAAACGAAGCUGCAAAGUACAUUUCGGGGCUACCUUCAGGCUAUUUUUCCUGUUUGUGGUGAUCUUUUGCUCGGAGAAACUAAAAUACGUCGUCAGGCCCUGGCUGAAGUUAAUACACCUAAAGGAGCUAAAGUGUCAGUCUGCAACAACCGUCACGCUUUCGAGCCCUCACCCGAGGCAGACAUUAAACGGCGACGAGAUGCUUUACUGGACAAGGAAUUUACCUACAAGCUUCUCACACUAAACUGUGAGCACUUUGCCACAUUCAUCCGGUUUGGAAAAGCUGUGUGCAAUCAGCUUCCAGGGAAGGUCAAAAACAAGGAAUGUGUGGAGGCUACAGAACAUUUUGACAGCCUCGUGCCAUCAUUUUAACCUACAGCAUGCUAUACGAUCUACAUAUAUAUCAAGAAUAUUGUAUUAUUUUACUAAGAAUGGGUGACAUUUGAGAGUGAUUGUAAUUAAAAUAUAUGGGCAGGUUUUUUAUGCAAGAUUUUUUGAUGUCAGUUCUUCACUUUCUUUGGCAUAUCUGCAAAAUGUACAUAUAAUAUUGCUGUAAAGGGGUUAAAUAUGUCUUUGAUGUUUUAAUAUGAACAUAAUUUUACAAUAAUUUACUGUAAACAUAAAAAAGAUAUUAUUAUAGUUUGCAUGUGAUCAAUUGAAUUACCACAAUUUAACAACUUUUAACAAAUGUAAUGAGACCAUGCAAAGUGAAAAAUGUGAAUUACAACAUAACUAACUCAUCAGAAAAAGUUAAACAUUUUAAACAAAUUUUUUAAUUCAGCAUCUCUAGUCAGCCAAUAAAGAUUUUAAAUAUUGAGUUAAAUUAACUUGUACUGGAAAUUUGAAUAUACUUUUUACAGUAAUUAUACAAUUUGCAAUGUGGUAAAUUUGUGAUUUUAAUGCUUUUUCUACAAAUCAAUCAAUACCAUGGUUACUAUUGUUAAACAGUGGUUAAUUUUGGUUAAAAAAUAGUAUUUGUUUUUGAAGAUGCUGUGGUUACCAUGGUAACAUACAUAAGGGAUAAGGACAAUCCAGUGUUUUGUUAUCAAUCAUUUUUCGAAAUAAACAUUUCUGUCCUUUACAAACAUA